AUGAGACAGGGGGUGGAGGAUGCUUGCGGAGCGGACCGGGAGCGGUGGCCGCAACGCGGACCUCCAACUUCGAAAGCCAAUGCUGGCGAUCGUACCAAACAAGAAAAAACAGGCGACACGUCGUGGGACUGGCGGCAAAGGCAGGAGAGGCGGCCGCCAACGGCGGCACAACAGAGGCGGAGACGGCCGCUCGCGCGGCAACGAUGACGCAGGGGCCGCGAGACGGCGGCGCCGCUGCUGCCCAGCGCGAGGGUGUCUGCGGCGGCGGACGGCAGCGCCCCUCGGCGCGCCGCUGCCGCCGCCGGACGGGCCCCCCCCGCGCCGCAGGGCCGC